AUGGACUCAACGACUGUAAAGAGCGUUAAAAGCAGCCCCGUUUCGCCCUUCCAGUUCUUUCCCACCACGCCUCAAUGUCCCUCCCUCUCGCCUUCAUCCUCACCAGAGUCUUCCCACGUUACCGCUCUCUCAUACAAGGAUGAUCCCUCACCACCAAUCGGCUUGAGCCUCAGCCCGCCUUGCGCCACGUCAGCCCAAAGCGAAGACGACGAUCAAAUUUCUCCCUCCGUUGAAUCAGCAAAAGUUUCAGCUGACGUAUCCUCACACUGGAAGCUUCCCCACCCCAAGACAAUCAAGCCGCAGCCAUCUACCGUUCCUCUCCCCGGCGCGGCGGAGACAGAAACUAAGGCAGCUUCGUCCGGACCUACCCCUUUUCCUCACUUCGCCACACCAGCAGCAGCACCUGUUCCUUUCGGCCACAUUCCUCCCUACCCAGCGGCAGCUGCGGCCGGAUGGUGGGCUCCUUUCGCCACCUUCCCCUCUCACAUGCUUCUCGCCCACUCACCCGCCGCCGGUCAAGCGCAGCAGCAGGCGAUGGGGGCGCAGCAGAGGCUUUUUGUUCCCAAUGCGCCGCCGUGGUUCUGCUUUGGUCCGCCGCCAUUCCUUUCCCCUGCACGUCCUGCCCUACUGGCCCCUGGUGGUCCCGCUUCGGACGUAAACAUGGAGAUCAAUAAAAGCCUUAUGGCUGCCAGUAAGCCUUCCCUCUCUGGCGACGGUUCUCGCUCCCGCGUGCUUUCUUCUGUGGCGACGAAAGCUACUGUCAAGCGAAGCCCGUCGGCGAAAUUGGCGGCGAAACCAGUGGAGGUGUUACCACGUGAGCGGCUCCCGUCGGGAUUUCGCCCGUGGAAGGCUGCGAGCAGGAGCUCUGGGUCGAAUGACACGUCAGCCCUGCUCUCGUCCAAUUGCGCCACGAUAACGUGCUCUGCUGCUGUGGAAGCAUGCGCAUCAUCCCGUCAAGCCGUCUCAUUCGCGCUGAAACCGUGCAGCCAGGGCACGGAGGGCCUUCAGAAAGUGAAGGCGGGCGGACAGCCAAUUCGGCCAGCAGCGCAGCAGCCAGGGGCCCUGGCGGGUCCGGUCAACGCAGUCAACCCAGUCAACGCAGUCACCCCCGUCAACACUAUUAGUCCGAUGGGUCAUCUACAGACUCCUCUUCGCAUCCUCCCAGCUAUCUCCCCUAUCCCCAGCUUCCAUUCUGCUGCUGCUGAUCAAGCCAGAGCUUAUGCUUGCACCAUGGGUCAGUACCCUGGUUUCCCCUGGACCGCGGCUGCAGCUGCCGCUGCUGCUGCUGCUGGUGCUGGUGCUGGCGGUGCUGCUGGCGCUUCUGCUGCUGGAGUAUUCGGCUUUCUGAACCCUGGGGGAACGGUUGCUGCUGAGGCUGGAGCAGGAGUGGUGGGGGACAAGAGAAGGCUUGGGAGGGCAGAGGGCGCAGCGGCUGGGAGCGUGGAUGUGCAAGGAAAGAGGAAAAAGAGGCAAAAGCAUGGAGGGGUGGGUUCCGAGGUGGUGGAGGGCCCUGCGGCUCUGAGAAUGAAUGGGAAGAGUGGAGGAAUGGAGGGAGAGUGUGGCCGUAGCAAGGAGCAAGAGGAGGAGGAGAGGUCAAAGGAUAAUGAAAAGGAGAGGGAGAAGGAGAAGGCGUGCAGGAAUUGUGGGACGCACACGACUCCGUUCUGGAGGAAGGACCGAUCAGGGAGUGGGCAGCACCUAUGCAACGCAUGUGGGCUCUACCUCGCCAAGAAUGACGCCCCCCGGCCCUCUGUGCUCUGGAAGAAAGGCGUGCCGGCUGAAUUACGAGAACAUUUUGGUGGUCAGUGGGAUCCUCGCGAAUUUGGAGCUGAGUAUAACGAGUACACCCUCGACCAACCACCAGGGAGCUCGUUCCUGGAAGCAGACAGUGGAGGAAUUUCAGCCGCGAUAGAAGCUGCUCCGUUUGUAGCUGGACAGGCCACACUUAUGCCAGAAACAUUUGGGGAAUACGGAGCAGGGGCUCCGGCUUGGUCUGGCAUUGUUGAUAGAUGGGACCCAAGCGGGGCAGAUGCAGGAACGGCCCGGGCUGAGUACGUUCGGGCCGAACCUCUACGGAUAGGUUCGGACGGAGGCCAGGAGGAGCUGCCCGUGUCGAUGGGCCCAGGCUCCUCCAGCCCCUCUAUUGGUGCAGCUAAUAGUCGGAGUAAUAUUAUUGGUGCUGGCGUGGCCAUGCCAAUUCUAGCACCCACGUCAGCAGGUCCCAUGGUGGGGGAUGGGAAGAGAGACUUUGAGAUGGUCAGAAGAGAGGGGGAGGAGGGAAGAGAGGGGGGAGAGGCGGAGGUGAUGGUGCAAGAUAGAGAAGGGGUUGGAUGGGGUGGAGUGGGGAAUGCAGGGGUUAUGGGAGGUAUGGUGGGUAUGGGAGGAGUGGAGUACGGUCCUGCUGCUAUUCUCUCCCCGUCUACGAUAGCUGCUGUCGCUGCUGCUAACGCCAUUGCAAAUGCCCCCCCAUCCCCACCUAAUAGGAUCCGUGGAGAGGGGGAGGGGAGAGGUGCAGGAGGGGUGGGCGCGGCUGCAGGAUGGGAUGGACGGGCAGGAGGCAGCAGGAACGAAGGAGAGGGGGAGGGGAGAGGUGCAGGAGGGGUGGGCGCGGCUGCGGGAUGGGACGAGCGGGCAGGAGACAGCAGGGAGGAAGGGGAGGGAGAGGGAGGGAGAGCAGCAGAGGAGAGGAGUUGUGGAGCGGAGGUACGAGGGGUGGAGUCAGGUGGGAUGGAGUUAGGCGGGGUGAGUAGUGUGACCAAGGCAUCUGGUAGCAUCAGCAGCGGCGUCAGUGGCAGCAGCGGCGGAGGCAGCGGCAGCAGCCGUGCCGGCAGCGGCUGUGGCGGCGGCAGCGGCGGUGGUACGAGUAUCAGUGACCCUGAAAGAGAAAACGCAGGGACACCAGAUAAUGGGUUUGAUGAUUUGGUUGGAAUGAAGGAUGUGAAUGAGGUGAAGGAGGAGAAGGGGAGUGAUACGGACGAGAAGAGUCGAAGUUCAGAGGGGCUAGAUGAGUCUGAUACUACCGAGGAUGAAGGGCAGGGGAGGGGGAAGGAGGAAAAGGAGGAGGAGAAGAACGGAGCGAGUGGAUCCGACGGUUCAGAAAGCAUGAGAUUGGAAAAGCCCCUUGGGAAACUUGGGGCGGAUAGCGGAGAUGCUUGUAAAGUGUACAGGAUGGUCGGUGGGAAAGAGGAAGGCAAAAAGGACUGGGAGGGAGAGGUGGCGAUGGUAGAGAAAACGCGUGCUGAGAGCAUGGAUGUAAAUGCAUCUGCAGCUAAUGGUGGUGCAAUCGGUGGUGGUGAGGAUGCGGGAAGCAGUGCUUCUCGUGGUGAUGAUACUGUUGCUGCUAACACUCACGGUGACUCUGGUGGUACUAGCAGUGGUGUUGGUGGUGGAGGGCAGGCGAAGGAGGAGAGGGAGGAGAGGGAGGAGUCGAAGCAAGUGGAUGAAAGCAUGGGAAUGAGUAGAUCAGUGGAAAUAAACGAUGAGAAAGAGGCAGGAAAUAGCGGGGAUGGGGAUGGGAGAGAGAAGGACGGGGAGGGUAACGACAAGGGGAGGGAGGGGGGAGAAGGGGAGGAAGUGAAGAAAAUUGUAAAAGAGGAGGAAAAAGAGAAUGAGGAUGAGGAGGAGGAGGAAGAGUAUGGGUCAGGAGACUCAGGAUUCGGCACCCCUGGCACUCUCUCUCCUACCGGCAGCAGUGUCAGCACCUACGAGCUUUCAGCCAUGGAUUUCCCUGACUCUGACAGCUUGGGCAGCCAAACCCCCACCUCAGCUCCGGCAGCCGGAGCAAGGCCUGGAAGGCCCGGAAGUUUGGGCCGAGGCAGGGGUGCAGCCUCAGCAGCUGCCGCUGCUGCCUCGGCUGCUGCUGCAUCCGCCACUGCUUCUCCUCACGACGCUCCAGACGACGAAAACACAUACGCUGUCCUGGAGAUCAGUGAUGAAGAUUCCGAGGAAGAUUCUGAGGACGAUUCGGACGAAGGGGAGGAGGGGGAGAGUGAGAGAGGAGGUGAGGAGGAGAGGAGGAGGAGGGAGCAGGGUUUGAGGGAGCAGCGAGCAGCACAGGUGGCUUCGAUUAUGGCGAAGAUGGCCCGGGGUGAUAGUGUGGGUAGCACCGGCAGCGCUGGUGGCAGGUUGGGUGGGGGUGGGGGUAGUGCAGGAGGCAUAGGAGGAGGGAUAGGAGGGAAAGUAGGAGGGUUAGGAGGAGCCAUGGGGCUGGAAAGUGGACUGGGCGCAUUGGUAAGGCACAGCUCUGCCUCUGCAGCUGUUCCUGCCGUUUCCGCCGCUGCUGCCGCCACCGCCGCUGCUGCUGCUGCUGCUUCUCCUGCUGUCGACAGUCCACGCUACUCCCUUCCGCCUGCCAGUCCCCAUCAGUUCCGCCCUGCUGCUGCAAACGCUGCGGCUAACGCUGCAGUUAACGCUGCGGCCAAUGCUGCGGCUAACGCUGGGGUUAAUGCUGCAGUCAAUGCUGCGGCCAGCAGCCCUGCCCUUAGGUCCUUCCACAGGAGGGGCCGCACCGGCUCCUUUGGAAGCGGCGGCAGCGGCGGCGGCAGCGGUGGUACUGGCAUUUUCGGUGGUCCUGGCUGGACGAGCGUUGGGGCGAGUGUUGGGGUUGGUGGUGGGUCGGUCAGUGGGGUUGGUGGUGUGGUGAGUGGUGGCACUGUUGCUACCAGUGGCAGUGGUAGCAGAGGCGGGUCCGGUGCUGCGUCCCCUGGAGGACUGAGUAUGGGGGAUCCAGUGGCAAUAGCAGGGGGCGGUGGGAGUGUGGGGGCAGGGGCAGUGGGCGUUGAGAAGGAUGGUAUGGGGUGGGGGGCAGGCUCGGAGCAGCAGCAGGAGUAUCCGUGGUGGGCGAUGGCGGCCCCUGAUGCUCAGUGCCGUGCUGAGGAGAUCCGUGUUGAGUUCUAUGUCAUGCGCCAUGCAGAGUCGCUAGACCUGCCGCACCUAAUAGGAGGGCAGUCACCGGCAAUACCGCUGACCAGCAAGGGCCGGGAGCAGGGGGAGGCGUUGGGGCGAUACCUUUUGGAGUUCCAGGGGGUGAUGUUUGAUGAGGUGUUUGCGUCGCCCAUCCCCCGGGCGUGGGAGACUGCAUACGCCACGUGCCAGGUGCGUAGCAUAGGGUUACCAGGAGCUUGGCUUCCCACCCAGCUGAAUGCAGGAAGCGGGGGAGUUGAAGGAGCAGAGCUGCGGGCAGUGGGAGGGAGGGGAAGAGGCGCUUGGCUUCCCACCCAGCCGAAUGCAGGAGGCAGAGGAGUUGAAGGAGCAGAGCUGCGGGCAGUUGAAGCUGAUGGCAUUCUAUUCCGAAUGCAGGAAGCAGAGGAGUUGAAAGGAGCAGAGCUGCGGGCAGAGCUUGGCUUCCCACCCAGCCGAAUGCAGGAGGCAGAGGAGUUGAAGGAGCAGAGCUGCGGGCAGUGGGAGGGGAAGAAUCGGGCAGAUGUGUUCCUUACUGACGCCUCUCUUCCACGAAUCACAAGCGCCCAGCCGGAUUUUUUCUGCCCAGGAGGGGAGUCACAGCGGCAGGUGAGUUCCUGGUUUUCACAGCAUGGGUUGUGUUGUGGUGCCUGA